CUUCCCUUCUGAAGUACUUAAGUAUAGGGCGAGGCAGGGCCAGCUGGACUUGAAUAAGAGUGUGUAUGCCACUCUCUUCCUCUGUGUAAUAUAUUCAACAGCAUCAUGUUUCCAAUAACAAAUAUUCUGGACACCAUCGAAUUUAUCAUUUUAUUUAUUUAUUAUUGCUUUGAGGCUUUCGUUUUAAUGUUUUUUGGUUUUCGAAAAAAUGUUGCUGGGAAAAUAGUACUUGUUACAGGAUCUGCAAAUGGAAUUGGAAAAGAGAUUGCCAAAAAUUUUGCACGUCUUGGUUCCAUCCUCGUUCUCUGGGACAUUGAUGAAGAAGGUAACAGUGAAACAGCAGAGCUUGCCAAAGCCAAUGGGGCUCUCGCCGUUUAUACCUACAAGUGUGAUUUGCGCAAAAGAGAAGAAAUAUAUGCAGUGGCUGAACAGGUUAAAAAAGAAGUAGGAGAUCCAGAGAUGCUAAUCAAUAAUGCAGGUAUAGUAAAGGCAAUGGCCUUUGAGGAUCUUACUGACUCGGAUAUACAAGAAACACUGAAAGUCAAUACUGAAGCCCAUUUCUGGACCUGCAAAGCCUUUCUUCCAGCUAUGAUUGCAAACAACCAAGGCCAUUUGGUUACUAUUUCUAGUUUAGCAGCCUUAUUUGGGGGUGCUAAACUCACAGAUUAUUGUGCUAGUAAAUCUGCAGCAUUUGGGUUUUUGGAAUCUCUUGCUUUUGAAAUGACAGCUGCUGGAAAGAAGGGUAUUAAAGCCACCAUUGUCGUUCCUUCUUUUGUGGAAACAGGAUUCGUUACUGGGGUAAAAGCCAGCAGGCCACAGCUGUUUCCUGUCUCGGUAAACUAUGUGGUAAAGAAGAUUGUGGAUGGUAUUCUGAAAGAGGAACUUUAUGUGGUCCUGCCAUCAUAUGCAAGACUAAAUGUUUUGAAAAUAUUUCUGCCUACAAAGGUGGUUUUCCUUGUUGCAGAGUUUUAUGGACGUCUCAAGAACUUAGACAACUACAAAGGCCGUGUUCCAAGAGGAACAGAGGAUUGAGAAAUGGUGGACUAUCUUCUAAAUUAGAAUUCCUCUUCUUAGUAAUUAAUGGACUUGAUAAUUAUAUGAUUGACCGCUUCAUACAUUUUCUUCAGACCAGCUUUUAUCAUUCACUUAUCCUCCAGAUGCGUAACUUCAAAUGUUAAAUGUUAGAUUAAAAUAAUUAAAAUGUACUAUUAAUAAUAUUUGACUUCAUUUCCUUGUACAGUUGGGAUUUUCUUUAGCACUGAUUCAUCAUUUUCCACCUGUUUUCACUAAAUCCUCACUUAUUAUUUGAUAUCUCAUCUCCACAGUUUUCUAAGAUCCUUUUGGAACUCUUUACUACAUAUUUUUGUUAUUGAUACCCUAGACAUUCCUUGCAUGUGUUUUGCAUUUUAGUGUAUCCUGCAGUCGUCUUUUAACAUAUCACAACAAUUGUUAUCUUCAUCCCUUUGCCUCAGACAGCUGACAGAAGUAACAGUUCUGUUUACAAACAAACUCCCAUCAUCUCCAGCUAGUCUGGCAGUAGCUAGGGAUAAUGGGAACAGCAUUCAAGCAACGCAACAAGUUCCUGCUUUUCAUGCAUGCUGCCACACUCACUCGUCAUACCAUUUUUCCAAAGGAUUUUGUGUUGUUACUACCUUGUUACAGUAAAAGCAAAGAGAAGAUUGUUAGCAGAUUUAUAUUAGCAUGAAUUUUUGUUUAUAAUCCACCCCUUAUUAUAAUUAAUGUUAUGAGACUUAUAAAUGGAAGAGUAGUGGAGACACUAAAUAGUAGUUUGUCAUGGAGUUGCAGUGUUCUCUGCAGUGCCAAGUAUACGGAGUCUAAAGGAAGAGAACAUUUCAGGUCAAGAGGCAGAAUUCUUAUCCGAUUGCCAUUUCCCUGAUUUUACAGUGUCACAUUUUUUCUGCAGGUGCACCUCUGGGUGUAUCUAAUUGAAUCCCAAACUAUGUGUAUCUUUAGAGCAGGCAUUCUCAAAUUGUGGCUCUCCAGCUGUUUUGACUGCCAACUCCCAGAAGCCCUAGCCAGCUUGUUCAAUGGUCAGGAAUUCUGGGAGCGGGAGGCUCAAACAGCUGGAGGGCUGAAGUUUGAGGAUUCCUGCUUUAGAGAUUGUGAGAGUGAACAAAAAAUAAGUUACCUUUUUCAAAACAUCUCCAGAUGGGAUUACUGGUUAUGGGAAAUUGGGAAGGGAAGCAGGGGAAACCUCUGGAACAUAAGUGGAUUCACUAUCCUCAAGUCCUUCAGUUUUGGAAUGAGAUCACUGCCGAAUUACUCAAAUGAUGAAGCAAAGUAUACAGGUUUGAGAUAAUGUAAUAAAUUAUGUUGUCUUUGAUGCAGACAAUAAAGGUUUACCACAUAGAGUAUUCAUCUCUGUAAUGCUUGGUACUGCUUGAGCAGAGGUAUCAAGAGGGUCCAUGAAUUAAAAGAUUGAUAGACAGACUCUGGUUGCGUAAACAGAGGAGAAAUUUUUAAAAGGCAACCCAUUCAUCAACUAUACUACAGAUUAUCACUCAAUACAAGAUCCACCAUCAACUCCUUUUAAAUAUGGGGAAUAACAGACUAUAAACUCUGGCUAAUUUUUCUCUUUGUGUGAUGACUGAUAACUGAACUUUAUUAUAAGCAGUGAUAUAG